AACGACUAUUGCAACAUCCGGUUAAAAAUGUCCUCUUAAGUUAUGUAAAGGAAGAUAUAAACUAAAUAAUACUUUCUUUACUCAAAAAUCAAGUUAUUGUGCAAUAGAUUAUAUAAUUAAAAUUAAUUUUAUAAAAUUUCGUCAAACUUAAGGAUGAGCACGGCUGUUCAAGAGUCAGAAGAUGUCAUUAUUCCGAAUGGCGUAGAGUACACCGAAAGAAGUGAAUUUUUUCUGUUUAUUUUAAAUAAAUAAAGGGACAAUUCUCUUUAGAUUCUAAUAAAAAAUUCAAAAAGUUUAAGCCUCUAACUAAUUUUUGUUCUAUAGAAAUUGGUGAGUUGAAUGAUUACAUUAUUCCACAAGAACCGGGCAACUCAAAUGAAGAAAAUAUGAUCAAAAACGUUUAUGAAUCUGAACAUGAUUUAGAUGACGAAAGAGAAGAUUUAAAAACAGAAACAAUAGAGUCAAAAUUAAAAAAGCUAGAAAUAGAUGGCGAUACUGAAAAGAGAAUAAGAUUGAAAAAUUAUGAAAAUGAAAAAGAUAUGCCUGAAAUAAUGCGAUUAAUUACUAAGGAUUUAUCAGAACCCUAUUCUAUUUAUACGUAUCGUUAUUUUAUUCAUAAUUGGCCGAAUUUAUGCUUUUUGGCUUUUGAUGAAGAUAAAUGUAUAGGAGCUAUUGUAUGCAAAUUAGAUUGGCAUAAGAAAAUUGUGCAUCGUGGUUAUAUUGCUAUGUUGGCUGUUGAUGAAGAUUAUCGUAGGCGCAAAAUAGGUUCGAGAUUAGUCAUCCGAGCAAUACAAGCUAUGGUAUUGAAGGGUGCAGAUGAAAUAGUUUUGGAAACGGAAGUUACAAACAAAUCAGCGUUAAAUUUAUAUGAAAAUCUAGGUUUUGUUCGCGACAAACGCCUCUUUCGCUACUAUUUAAAUGGUAUUGAUGCCCUAAGGUUGAAGCUGUGGAUUAGAUAAUGAAAAACUGCCUUAAAAAAUUAAAUAGAAAAAGAUUGGCGUACAAGUUUGUUGCAGUUUCAUUUGAUUGUUAUGCAAAGCUGUUUGUGAAAUUUAGUAAAUAGUAGAUGAAAUUAUAAUGAAAUGACAGCAAUAUCUUUUUUAAGUGUUAAGAUUACAAAAGUUUUGAAAGUACUUUUUCGUUCUUCCCUCGUUAUUUAAAUAAGAAAAAAAAACAAAAUCUGAUGGGUAGACAUAAGUAAACUUGUUACUUGUUUCUUAUAAUACUGUUUAUUAGAAAAAGGAAAAAAACGAAAGAAAAGUGUCUACUUUCUAUAUGAAAUGUAUGUUUUUAUACCUUUUCCAUUAACUUUUACAGUUCGUGCUAUAAUAACUUUGAUUUGCCAAAAAACACGAAAGAAUUUUGAAACAAGCUGAUAUUAACUUUAAUUAAAAUUCUAAAUAUAAUGCUGUUUGUAUGAUCAAGAGAAAACCAUAAACUUGUACCAUUUUUCAAAAUUUUCAAUACAAAUUAUUACUCUAUGGUU